AUGGCGGCACCCAAUGCUUCCUCGGAGGGACAUCAUGUGAUUUUGUCACCUUACCGCUUCGACGCCAAUGAGCUGCGGUGGUUGCCCACUGGGGAAGCAGCGGCCAAAGUGCGCAUGAGCAAAGAGGCAGCCAAGAAUUGGCGCUUGGUCCUGGGAAAUCAGAGCGUGGCGUUGUCGGAGAUCCGCAGCACCUCGAUGCUGUCGCCCAACUUCUUGAUCUUGGAGUUGGUGAAGCAAGGGCAUGUUGGUCUUCGAUGUGAAGAUGAGUCCGGCUUGAAGCACUUCGUGGCUGAGCUCUCCAAGAGAAAAGCCGAUUACGAGCGCUUCGAGCAGUACGAUCAGAGCAGUGUGCAAAGCUAUUUCCAGUACUAUGCCAAGUUGGCCAACCAACAAAACAUGCUUCAAGACGGAGUACGAACCUCCACCUACAACCGAGCCAUUGUGGAAAAUGUCGAUGACUUUCAAGGGAAGUUGGCCAUGGAUUUGGGUGCAGGAAGUGGCAUCCUUUCCUUCUUUGCCGUGCAGGCAGGUGCCGAGAAGGUCUACGCGGUUGAGGCCUCAUCCAUGGGUGAAGUAGUGCGACUGCUGGCAGAUGCCAACGCCUUUCUCACCAAGAAAAUAGAGGUGAUCAACCGACCAGUUGAAACCAUCACGGCUGCGGAGCUGGAUGGGAAGGUGGAUGUGCUGGUCUCGGAGCCGAUCGGAACCUUCCUCUUCAACGAAAGGAUGAUCGAAAGCUACCUCUGCGCGCGCGAUCGCUUCCUAAAGCCUGGCGGGAAGAUGUUUCCGAAUGCUGGAACCCUCUGCGUUGCGCCCUUCUCUGACUCCUUGCUUCAUUGGGAGCAGGCCAACAAGAAUGGAUUUUGGAAAAACACAAACUUCUAUGGCAUUGACCUGUCUGCGGCUGUCCAAAGAUGUGCAAAGGAGCACUUCCGACAGCCCAUUGUGGACUACAUCAAUCCGGAGUGCUUGGUGUCCAAAGCCAUCGAAACGAGGUUUGAUUUCAUGACCAUCUCGGUGGAGUCGCUGCAAAAGAUUGAGAUUCCAUUCGACUUCGAAAUCUCACAGCCAUGCUUGGUGCACGGACUGGCGGGAUGGUUUGAUGCCUACUUCGAGGGCAGCAACCAGACAGUGGUCCUCUCCACAGCCCCAUGGUGUUCUGGCACCCACUGGUACCAGAUUCGCUUCCUCCUGGAAGUUCCCUUAGCCGUCAAUGCUGGGCAACAUGUGGAGGGGACGCUCAAGAUGGAGGCCAACAGCCUCCAAUCCUACUACCUCAGCAUCUUCAUGAGAAUCAAAGGGACGGACAUAUCCUCUUCCGCUCCCUGCAUUGAUCUUAAGGACCCGGAAUAUCGCUUCUACACCUCUGCAAACUCCUACUGUCCGCCUGGUACGGCGCAGGCUGCAGGGCAACAGCCUGCGUCGCCGCAACAAUACCAACAGGCGCACUUUGCGCAGACGCAGAACAUUCUGCCGGGUCAGGCAUUUGCCGCCCAGUGUGAGACUCGGGCUCCCUGGGUUGAAGCCACUGCCGUGUGGGGGGCUGCACCCCAACGACCUGAGACAGCGCCGAUGACCAACGGUUUUGGCCCUCGCACUUGA